GUGCCUUUCCCAAAUAUUCAACCUUAUAUUAUCCAGCUUGUUCCUCUGCCAUUGCGAAAAUCAACAACUUUGCCUGCUCCAUCCUCUUUCCCACAUUUCGCAUCCACAACAUUCUAAACAACCGCCAUCAUGUUGGAAGGCCUCGCAAAGAGCGGCAUUCGUGCCCUGCAGCUUCUCUGGAUUCUCCUCCUCACAGCCCUCAUCGGCAAUGUCAUUGACCUCAACCAAAAUGGCCACAUGGCUGCAAUCAACUUCUCCAUGUUCGUCAUUGUCCUGUCGUGGAUCGCCGCUCUCUACGGCCUCCUGACGGCCUUCAUCGACUCCAUCGCCAUCCCCGUCGCUGUGCUCGCCCUCGACGGCCUGGCCACCCUCUUCACUCUUAUUGCCGCUAUCGUCCUCUCAGCCCGCCUCCGCGCCGUCAACUGCAGCAACUGGCGCGGUCGCGGCAGCAGCUGGAUCGCCUACGGUGCCGCCGACGUCGUCAAGCGAUGCCGCACCAUCCAGGCGAGCAUCGUCUUCAUGUGGUUCCUGUUUGCCUGCUUCGCUGUCGGCAUGUUUUUCUCUGUCCGGGAGUUCCGUCGCGGCGGCGGCUCCGUGCGCCGAGGCGGCAGGCCCAACAUGGCGCAGGUUGGUGUGUAAGCGCCUCCAGCUCGGCCGACUUGAGACUGUGAUCAUCACUGUCGACAUGAGCUACCACCACGGCAACAAGAACAAUAACAACGGGCACACGUGCGCCCAACAUUAUGCACUGGCUGCGUGAUUUGACGCUGUGCUCUUUUGCAGCUACUGGGAAUUGCGUUCUGGUCCUUCGCGACAGGAACGCCCAGUAAGGGGCUGGCGUUCAGGAUAUGUAUACAAAACGGCUGUACCAGGGUUAUGAAUCAUGGCAUGAAACGCAGUAGGGCGGAAUUACUCUGUGACAUCGAACCCGUCUUCGCAACGGCUUUGCGGACGACAUCUUAAUAGCUCCUCCUAAUUGAUGUCGUUGCUU